GAAGGCCUCCAAGGUUCCUUCCAAUUCUGUAAUUCUGUUAUUCAUCCAUAUUGCUAGCAGCUCAUUUGCAAGAAUAAUUCUCCCUUCAAUUUUAUCUUUCCAUGCAGGAAAAUCAGCUGAAAGCAUGUUGUCUUAGUGAACUUGGAAGUCUGGCAUUGCUAGCCUUGGAUAAAUUGAGGAGUGGUAUGAACCGGCCAAAAACGUCGACAAUAUGGGGGCGGGAGACCGUUGUAUCUCACAGGAUGGAGGCAGCCUCAGGGACCUUGGGCCCAGCUGUUUCAGAGAGCGAUGGUGAGAUCUUUUAGAAUCAGACCAGGGAAAAGUCAUGCACGCACCUAUAAAUCAUCACCCUUCUUGGCGCCUAAAGCAGUAAGUGUAUUGUUUUCGAUCAGACUGCGCGUGGGAUUUCAUACUUCAAUUUGUGCUUUUGAACACACUGACAUUUUACAGGCAGAAUUGAAUUUCUAUAUGAUAUGGAAUAUUAGAAAAUAUGGCUUCCCCCGUAGUCUAAAGCGUUACGGUCCAGACGCAGGCGACUCCUUUCCAAAUAAAAACAAACUAUUUUUUUUUCAUCGAACUUCGCAUCUUGAAAAGUCAUCCAAAGACCAAUUUAAAGGAAGCAACAAUUGAUCUGGCGGAAGACGACUGGGAAAACAAGGCGAAGGGAGAGAGGGUGACUCGAAAGAAAAACGUCUCCCCCCAGCUGUACCAUUUCCCUUUUAAAGCUCCUCCCCUGCUCAUUUCGCAGGGCUUUGAUAGAUUGAGCUGCAGUUGAUGCGUUGGAAGCUUUUGGGAAGGUGCUGUUAAGGGCUUCCUCCCAGGCAGAUCGCAGCGAAAGAGAGGCUCUCUCUUGGCAGAAGGUGGGCCUAAAAUGAAGGCGCCACUUCCUGUCUGAAAAUGAAUGAGUCCGCGGGGAAGGAGGUAGUUCCCCUCUUGAUCAAUUCUUCUGAACAGUUGAUCCAGGAGAAAACCCAGGUCUUUUUCUACCCAGGCGACAAAUAGAACGAUUUGCAGAGAGAACCAGCUUUAUUCUGAACAACCUGCUACACCUUGAAGUUGCCUUUGCUGCGCGAUCCUCAUUCCAGACUGGGCGAUCACGGGGUGCUUGAGCUGAUCUCCAUUGCUUCCCCACCCCCUUCGUCUGUCUCGCGCUUUCUGUCUUGCAAGAUCCGGAUUGUUCCUGAUCUCUGCGGUGAAUCUGGAAUGGUUUCAGAGGGGGACAUGGCAGAGGCUCUGAAGGCCAAUGAUAAGAAAUUUGAGCACUCUCUCCAUCGGGCUCACCAGGCUUCGGCAUGGGCAGCCAAGGCGGCAACCUCUUCCUCCUUCUUCGCCAGGGCCUGCAUCAUGUGGCUAUGCGAAUUGCAGACCAGCGUCCCACCAGAUCAGGUUAGAACACAUCAAACUUUGGCUAAGAUUUUGGCUGCUUCACAAUACGUAGCAGACGCCACAUUGCUCUCCACUAAAUAUUCUGCAAGAUCAAUAGCUGCCACAGUUGCCUCUUGUAGGCUUCUAUGGCUGAAGCAUUGGAGGACAGACUUGAAAGCCAAGUGGCGUCUGUCCACAUCUAAAUGCACCGGGAUACAUUUGUUUGGCUCCAUUUCGGAUCCACACGUUAGUGAGGGCAAGAACAAGCGCAAGGUUCUAGUACAUCCCUCAAAGAAACUAGACAGGAGGACAUCUCAGGACUUCCGUAAGCAAGCCUUUCAUCCUAGAAGUUCCUGGGAGUGGAGGCAGCCCUUUAGAUCAGGGCAAUCCUGGGACUGGUCGAGAGGCUUGCGAUCCUUCUAUCCCAGACAGGAUCGUUUCCAGGAUCGCCAAAAUACUGGAGCCAGAGGCCAGUUUCAGGUUAAGCGCCCAUUCAGGGGAACAGGAGGCCGCGCUUACAGGCGAUCUAAGUGAUGCCAGGGAGGACUCUCCCAUUGGGGGAAGACUACAAAGUUUCAGUGAUGUCUGGAAAGCACUGCCUCAGACGCUUGGAUAGUAGAGACUAUCAAGUACGGUCUCACCUUAGAAUUUUACUCUCCCCCUCCAAACCGCUUCAUAAGAUGCCCGCUCUCCAGAAACAAAGUCAAGACAGACCUGAUGACUUCGGCCAUAUCUCAUCUGGUCGAAAUUCAGGCUAUAGAACCAGUACCAAAGGAGCAGGAGGGAAUGGGGUUUUACUCCAUUCUGUUUCUGGUCCCCAAGUCCUCAGGGGGAUGGAGGGCGAUACUGAAUUUAAAGGGAUUAAAUUAUUUUGUGACCUACAGAAGGUUUGGGAUGCAGUCCCUAAAAUCCAUUUUGGCCAGCAUCAGAAAGGGAGACUUUCUCUCUUCAAUAGACCUCACAGAGGUGUAUCUGCAUAUUCCCAUCCACCCUCAGUACCGCAAGUUCCUCAGGUUUUGCUACGUACACCGGCAUUACCAAUACAGGGCCCUACCAUUCGGCCUGUCAUCAGCCCCAAGAGUCUUCACAAAGGUUUUAGCAGUCAUAGCGGCUCACCUCAGGCUGAGGCCGGUGCGCGUGCAAUGUUACCUAGACGAUAUCCUAGUCCAGUCCAGCUCCCUUCAGACAGCAAAACGGGAUGUUCAAACUACGAUACUCAUCCUGCAGAAUCACGGGUUCUCGGUGAACUUCAGGAAGAGCCACAUCACUCCAACAAGGAGAUUACAACGCCUGGGAGCAAUAAUAGACUUGUCCCAUUGCAGGGUAUACUUUUCUCAGGAGCGUCGGAUCAGCAUCAGGAAACUGGUUCAUCAGGUUCGCAAGGACAAGAGAGUGCCACUGGCACAGCUGUCAAAACUCCUGGGAAAGAUGAUCUCCUGCAUGGGCAUUGUUCCGUGGGCCAGGCUCCACUCCAGAUUCUUACAGUUGUUUCUCCUUCCUUACCAAAAAUGAAACCUCAGUGCUUCCACCAGGAAGGUUACAGUUCCACAUCACACAUUGCAGUCCCUCCUUUGGUGGACAACAUCUUCGAUGACCAAGGGAGCCAUUUUCAGGGAACUGGACCGGGUCAUUCUCACAACAGACACGAGUCUGUUUGGUUGGGGAGCUCACCUGGGGACCCACAUAGCCCAGGGACAGUGGUCUCGCUUGGAUCUCGCCCAAAACAUCAAUUGGCUCGAACUUCGAGCCAUUCACCUGGCGCUCUUUCAAUUUUCUCCCCUAGUCAAGGGGAAGCAUUUCCUCGUCAGGACAGACAACGUGGCGGCCAAAGCACAUGUCAACAAAGAAGGAGGGACCAGGUCCUGGGACCUGAUGCGAGAGGCAUCGGCUCUGGGCCUCUGGGCGGAGUCAAAUCUGGGCUCCAUAAGGGCAGAACAUAUAUCAGGAGAGACAAACUGCCAGGCAGACUCCCUGAGCAGAGCCAAGGUGGACCAUGCGGAGUGGCAACUGGAUCCUGCUCCAUUCCAGGAGAUCACGUUGAGGUUUGGUCAACCCCACCUGGACCUAUUUGCCACCCCGACAAAUACGCAGAUCCCCAGGUUCUUCUCCAGAUUUCAGUCAUGGGGAGCAGAGGGCACAGAUGCUCUCUGAUGUCGGUGGCCGGCGCAGCUAUUGUACGCCUUCCAACCACUUCCACUAAUUCCGGCGACCUUACGCAAGCUGAUUCUAGAAGGAGCAGAGGUAAUCUUGAUUGCUCCACAUUGGCCACGGCAUCCGUGGUUUGCCGACCUGGUGGAUCUUUCGGUAUCUCCUCCGUGGAGGAUCCCUCCGGACCUAGUGGUCCUCAGCCAAGGCAACCUUCUUCAUCCCGAUCCACAGUGGCUCCAACUAGCCACUUGGCAUUUGAGCGGGAAAGUUUAGCCAGGCAGGCAUAUUCGUCCGAGGUGAUCUCCAUGAUACAGGCUUCUAGACGUCCGUCGACGAACAGGAUCUAUGACGCCACGUGGAAGGGUUUCUGAAAGUGGUGUCUUGUGCAUACAUUAGAUCCACUCUCUGUCACUAUUCCAAACAUCCUAGAUUAUCUAUUGGAAGGUUUGAAUAAAAGUUUGUCACCCAGUACUAUCAGCAGGCAACUAGCGGCUCUUUCAACUGUCCUUUCCUGCGACAAUUCCAGUCCUUUGGCGCAACAUCCGGCAGUCAGCGCCUUCAUAAAGGGAGUGGUCAAUACCAGACCUCCCGUUAUUCAUUGCUAUCCUUCUUGGGACUUAACCAAGGUGUUGAAGGCCCUGACUUCGGAAUUAGCGGCUCUUUCAGUGAGAGAGGAGUUAUGCAUCUUCUUCGAGGAUAGGGUGGUCCUUAGACUGGACCCCUCUUUCGUUCCGAAGGUUAACACUGUCUUUCACAGAUCUCAGGAAUUGAUUCUUCCUAACUUCUGUCCUAAUCCCAGGCACAGAUUGGAACAUGAGUGACAUAAGCUGGACGUGCGCAGGGCUCUGCGUUACUAUGUGAAGUGUACUUCUUCGUUUCGUAAGUCGGAGGCUCUUUUUGUAUCUUUGCAACCUUCAGCAAUGGGGAAGAGAGUUUCUUCUUCUACCAUAGGUAGGUGGAUUAGGGCUUGUAUAACUCAGGCCUAUUCUUCCUUGUCUCUUCCGGUUCCCUCACAUGUCACGGCUCACUCGACAUGCAGCAUUGCUACGUCGGCCGCAUGGUCCACGCAGGCUUCGGUGGAGGAGAUUUGCAGAGCCGCAACAUGGUCUUCUCCUUCGGCUUUUGUCAGACAUUACCGAGUGGAUUCCUUUGCGGCGGCUGACGCUGCUUUUGGCAGGCGUGUACUUCAACAAGUUGUUUCUUCUCAUGAUUCAAGGGCUUAGACUAUCCCUCCCGAGGGGACAUGAGGGCUUUGGUAUGUGCCAUCCAGUGGAUUCUACAGGCAUCCUGCUGGAGAAGGGGCAUUGUCUUACCUGAACGCCUUUUCUCAGCAGAAUGAUGUAGAAUCCACACCCUCCCGUAUAAAUAGUCUAGGCAGGUUAUCACAAAUGGAGCGAUUGAGUGGAAAUUCGUCAGAGCUGCUUCGCCUCGUCAAAACUGGAGUCACUCCCAAAGGAGGGGCGUGGCCAAAGUUCUGACCUAGUCUGCCUGGCAGGAAGGCUGUGAAUAACCCAUCCGGUGGAUUCUACAUCAUCCUGCUGAGAAAAGGCGUUCAGAUAAGACAACGUCCCUUUUCAUUAUUCUGUUUGCUUGCAUUUGCUUUGGAACCACUUGAAGAACUACUAGCUGGCAUUUACAGAAAACAGAUUUAGUGCUGUAAAGUUCCUUUGCAUUCUAUUGUAGUUUAUUUGCAUGUAGUUUAAAAUUGCUUGCAGAAAGAACCUUUAGAUACUACUGUACUGUGUUUGCUUUUGCUUUGAUGGUUAGUGUGUACUAUUGUAGACUGCUUGUAGAAUGAGAUGUAGAUUGGAGGGUAGCAGUAAUCCCUUGCGGAGACCUGCAAAUUCACCCCCCACAAUUUAUAUCUGAGCACCUGCCUGGAGGCGCUGCAGUUCUGAGGCAGGGGGCUGCCUGGCCUUGUCAAAACAGCUGAUGUGUGGGGUAACCUUCCCUCUCAGUUCAUUUAAAAAUGAAGGAAGUCGACCCGGUUGAUUCAUUUCAUGAGAAUGGUAAAAAUAUAUCCUAAAAAUGAGUCUGAUUCAUUUUACAAAGUUUUGACUGUCAGCCCUAAUGGGCAGGGCUCCAUUAGGGUUGUACCACGAGGACUACCUGUAAUUAGUAUUUUUAUCAAAGGAGAAAUUGAUUGAAAAAACUGGGGCAACCAAGGAAGUCUUUCAUUGUCUAUAAAUUUUGCUAUAUUUCUUAAUAAAUUUAAAUUGAUAUGGGGGACAAAAUAGUUUUACAGGUAGUCCAGAAUUUUUGCUGCUAAUUGAGAAAUUUGUUAAGUGAGUUUUGCCCCAUUUUACAACUUUUCUUGCCACAUUUGUUAAGU